UUCAUUUCUCACUCUUCCCGGAAAAAAAAGAAGCUCUUUUUUGUGAAGGAAACAAAAAAAAAAAAAUCCUUUUUGUCUAUUUCAGAAUUUAGUACAAAUUGAUUCUGUUUUUGAUCUCUAUGUAUACGAAAUUCGUUGUAACGAAUCAGAAUUACAGAGACUGAUUGAGAAGCUGGAGGUUGUUUGUGUUUUCUGAUAUGUCUUUCAUGGCUACUUUUUUUGUUCCCGAGGAAACAAAGGAAGAAGAAGGCGCGUGGGAAAAAGAAAGAUAAUAGACAAUAUUUCUUUUUCUACUAAUUCUCAAUCUCCGAAAUAAGCAGAAGUUGAGCAAAUAACUAUAAACUUUUAUAGUUUUUCUGUAUCUAUAUAACCGUAUCUCUGUUUCGAUCUCUACUUCUGCUGUUUGACGGUUAAGGAAACGAUGUCGACGACGGUAAUAAGCGAGUCGGUCGAGAUGAACGCUGCCGCGGAGGCACAAACGGUAACGGCGAAACUAACGGCGCCAACAAUCGAGGUGGAUUUCGCGACGUGCGAAUGCUGCGGAUUGACGGAGGAAUGUACUCUGGCUUAUAUACAGACGAUUCGGCAACGGUAUCAAGGGAAAUGGAUAUGCGGAUUGUGUGCGGAGGCAGUGAAGGAUGAGAUGAUACGUUGCGAAAGGCUGAUCAAUACGGAGGAGGCGUUGACACGUCACCUCAAUUUCUGUAAGAAGUUCAGUUCUUCAAGUCCUCCGCCGGUGGAUCCAACGGUUCACUUGAUCACCGCCAUGAGGCAGCUGCUGAGGAGGAGUUUGGAUUCACCUAAAUUGCUUAGGUCAAUGCCCUGUAGUCCGACGAGGAACGGUAGAGAAAUGAAGCCAGACGUGUUGGUUCGUGCCGAUAGUUGUAUUCCUACACUCUCAUUGGUGGAAUCUGCUGCGUAUCAUGCCAUGGAAAUGGAUCAAAAUUGUGAAUGAAACUGGUAAUUGUAAUUUCUAGCUUUAUUUUCAAUUCCCAAAUCCCCGCCAUGAAAAAAAAAAAGAAAUAAAUUAAGGAGAAAAAAAUUUUAGUGCUUAAUUUGACCCUAAGUGUAAACAGAAUAGUACUAGAACUAUUUGGCAGUUGUGAUGAAUGGAAAUGGUAUUUGCUCUAAAUUUGCGUGAUUGAAGUUUGAAUUCUGUUUA